AAUGGAAACACCGCGCUCCAGCAGUCUAUAAACAGGCAUCGGCCUGAUGUUCGCGCCAUUUCAUCAUACAACAUUCGGGCUCCACUACGCACGCGGCUGGUCCCCACAAUCACUCUGAUGAAGACCAACAGAAUGACAAACCGCCGCAAGUACAUCGGCAUCACCAUCGUACUAUUUGUGGCGCUUGCCGGGCUUCUCAGGUGGUCGACUGCCCGAAGUAAGGACACGUUGGCGGCCGACAACUUCAAUGGGCUCUACCUGCUUGUGUUCUCCGAAAACGACAAGAAGCAGGACGAGUUUCUCCGCCGGAUCGAGAAAAUGCACGCCAAGUUCUACGCGCUGCAAGAGAAGCGCUUGGCGCAUUUGGAGCAGCAGAACGACCGUCUCUUGGCGCAGAUCGAGACGUUGAAGGUGCCGCCUGCCACCAUGUCCGUGCGCGAGAAGUUGGUCUACAUGGUGCCAUACGUGGCUCGCUCGCGGUUCCCUGCGUACAUCUGGCAGACGUGGAAGCACGGUCUCAACGACGACCGGUUCGAUGCCAAUUUCAAGGAGGGCCAGGCGCAAUGGGCGUUCCGCAACCCGGGCUUCGUGCACGAGUUGUUCAACGACGACACCAGUCUUGCGACUAUCAAGCACCUCUACAGCCACGUGCCGGAGGUCUUGGAUGCUUACGAAUCCAUGCCCGAGGUUGUGCUCCGCAUGGACUUUUUCCGGUACUUGAUUCUCUUUGCCCGCGGCGGGGUGUACGCCGACAUCGACACAAUGCCCUUGCAGCCCGUGCCCAACUGGAUUCCCGAGAACGUCGAGGCCACGGAGUUGGGCAUGAUCAUCUGCGUGGGCAACGAGGCCACCAGCAAGAACUGGCGUGCCGAGGCGCACCGCAGACUCGAGUUUGGCCAGUUCAUCAUCCAGAGCAAGCCGGGCCACCCGGUGUUGCGUGAGAUCAUUGCGCAGAUCACGGAGGCCACGUUGGCCAAGAAGCGGGCGUUGCGUGACGGCGUGCUGAUGCGCACCAGCGACUCGCCCAACCAGAAGCUCUUGGACAUCUCGAGGUGGACGGGGUCUGGUGUGUGGACAGACGUGGUGUUCGAGUACCUCAACGACUACGUGCGCGCGGCGAUCUACCAGCUGGUGUCAUGGCAGGACUUCCAUGCGUUGCAGGGGCCCAAACUCGUGUCGGACAUUUUGAUCUUGCCCACCAAGUCGUUUGCGUCUGAGCUCGAGGUGCCCAAGGACGGCAAGAUCGCUGACCCGAUCGCGUUUGCCAAGCACUGGUCGGCAAACAUCUGGAAGACCACGUAAACGGGGCAUUCACACGUGUGUUUUUGACACUGGGUGUUUUGUUUUCCACGCGGGUGGAUUUCCUCAGCGCCCACGCGUGCCAUGCGCCGGGGCUUCCUAAAAAGCAUGGAGUUUUGCAUGGUUGAUACAAGGUGCGAGUUGAGAGCCAGAGGUGUACAUGGAAGCCAAGUUUGUGAACAACUGCUCGCAAAAUAGAGCUCCAGUGACG